AUGACAUCCAUGGACAAGGAUAUCCAUGUGUCUGCAGACUGGUUACGACAACGGGAUUCUGAGCUGUUUGCCCACGUUGAUGACUGGCUCUCACGCCUCCAGGCGCUGCUUGACAAAACUGUUGAGGGCAAAUGGGCGCUGCCCAAUGGACAUGCAAAGAGUCAGCCAGUGCCGCCAGUUGUUGAUUCGUCAGAUCGGUGUAAAUCCACCGUGUCCUUGGAUCAGACCCUGAAGGACAGCGACCAGAAGCUCCUAGAGUUGCUGGAAGACUGGCUGUGCCGCCUGCAGACCAUUUUUCUCCGAGAGCACAAGAAGGUGGAGUUAUCCUCAAUGCCAUCGGAGAUGGAUCCAAAGAAGACCAAGGACACUGCCCUCCAGUCCUUCCAUGGAGUGCGGCACUUGCAGCCUGGAAACUCCACGGUGAGCUUUGGGCCCUCCCUUUGGGACGAGGAGACGGUUGAAUCGGGCAAAAGGUGCAAUGAUUGCAAGAGCUGCCUCGAUUUCAGCGCGAAAAGCGGUACUGAGAGUUCAGUCGACAUGAGCAAGUUCUACGCUUGGCAGCUCUGCCUUUGGCCGAUCGUUCACUCUACAAUGUUCGAAGGCUUCUUUGGGGCGGUGAUCAUCACCAACUCGAUCUUUAUCGGCGUCCAAGUGCAACUGGCGGCUGAUGCUCCCAGUGCACAGCCCAGCGAUGCCGUCUUCAUCAUCGCUUCGCUCUACACUCUGCUCUUCAGCGGCGAGCUGCUGCUGCGAUUCCUGGCUGGCGGCAUUAGGGUCUUGUGGGGCGAUGAAUGGGCCUGGAUUCUCCUGGAUGUUCUUGUUGUCACCUCCAGCUUGCUGGAGUUCAUGCUCGAGCUGAUUCUGCGCGCUGAGGCGUCGGAUCAUUCCACGGGCCCGAUGAGCACCAGCAUGCGCUUGGUCCGGAUUUUGCGGGUGGCCAAGAUCACCCGCGCCAUCCGCAUCGUGCGCCUGGUGAAGUUCAUCCGCUCCCUGAAAACGCUGCUUUACUGUAUCGGCCGCACACUGCGAGCUAUGGCGUGGUCCGCAGUUCUUCUGCUGCUUAUCAUAUUUUUGUUCAGCCUGAUCUUCACAGACAUUUGCACGGAGUACAUUGGCACGCCUGAACACGAUGUAGUCACGGCACAAUUCUUGAUCCAUCGCUUUGGAUCGUUGGAUGCCUCUAUGCACACCUUGUAUGCUUCCAUCACAGGCGGCUUGACCUGGACAGAGGCCAGCGACAUGCUGGCACUGGUGUCGCCCUUGUGGCAGCUACUUUUCGAGGUGUACAUUGCCUUCUGCACAUUCGCUGUUCUGAACGUAAUGACUGGAGUUUUUUGUCAGUCGGCGAUAGAGUCUGCUGAGCGUGAUCACGAGCUGAUCUUGCAGAACGUCGCACAUGAGAAGGCCAAAUACUUCCGAGCAGUACGCCGCCUGUUCGCUCAACUGGACCGGGACAAUGAUGGAGGAGUAACCGUGAAGGAGUUCAAGUCUGCACUCAAGGAUCCGUCACUGCACGCCGUAUUUGAUGCACUUGAAAUCAGUGCAGGCGAUGCCUGGGCCCUCUUCACCCAGCUGGACAGAGAUGGCGAUAGCCAGGUGAAUGUGGACGAGUUCCUAGAGGGAUGCAUGUUGUUGAAGGGGCCAGCACGGUCCAUCGACGUUAUCAGCAUCAAGCGGGAUCUCGUCAAGCUGCAAGAAAAGUUUGAUCACUGGGUGGUCAACCACAAUGGGCACUACAAUGGGCACUACAAUGGGCAAUCCUGA